CCUUCCCGCCUUCCCCAAUCCUCUGGCCCUUCUCCCCCAUCCCCCGGAAGGCCAAGCUGAAAACCCGGAAAAAGUGUUUGGGUACUCUCCGCGGCCGCCCAAGAUGAACCGAUUCUUCGGGAAAGCGAAACCCAAGGCUCCGCCACCCAGCCUGACUGACUGCAUUGGCACGGUGGACAGCCGGGCCGAAUCCAUUGACAAGAAGAUUUCCCGACUGGAUGCUGAGCUGGUGAAAUACAAGGAUCAGAUCAAGAAGAUGAGAGAGGGCCCUGCAAAGAAUAUGGUCAAGCAGAAAGCCUUGAGGGUGUUAAAGCAAAAACGGAUGUAUGAGCAGCAGCGGGACAACCUUGCCCAGCAGUCAUUUAACAUGGAGCAGGCCAAUUACACCAUCCAGUCACUGAAGGACACCAAGACCACGGUUGAUGCUAUGAAACUGGGAGUAAAGGAAAUGAAGAAGGCAUACAAGCAAGUGAAAAUCGACCAGAUUGAGGAUUUACAAGACCAGCUAGAGGAUAUGAUGGAAGAUGCUAAUGAAAUCCAAGAAGCACUGAGUCGUAGUUAUGGCACCCCAGAAUUAGAUGAAGAUGACCUUGAAGCUGAGUUGGAUGCCCUGGGUGAUGAGCUCCUGGCUGAUGAAGAUAGUUCUUACUUGGAUGAAGCAGCGUCUGCACCUGCAAUUCCAGAAGGUGUUCCCACUGACACGAAAAACAAGGAUGGAGUACUGGUGGAUGAAUUUGGAUUGCCACAGAUCCCUGCUUCAUAGACUUCAAUGACUCAAUUCCAUCACGUAAAAUCAGCGAAUAUUCUGGGACUGGAAAAUAUUCCUCUUUCCAAAUUUACCAUAACAAAUUUGGGUUUUUUCCCUUUCUUUUAAAGAAAAGCUAAUCACACUGCUCUUUUGUUUUCCGUUAAGAGACUCAUUGCUUGGGGAAUGCUUUCUUUGUACUAAAAUUUGAUUUUUUUUUUCUCUUAUGAAAGAUUAACUUACUUAGAAGUGUCUUUGACUUUGUAUGACACGUUUUCAUUCAUUAAUAGCAAUUUAAAAUAAAACCUAGGAAAUGAGAAUAUUUAAAUUCCAUGACAGUGGAACUCUGCAGUCUCAAAAUGAGCUGAUAAAUUUCUGAAGCAAAGAUGAAAUUAUUGAGACUGUUCAUAUUAAAAUUCAAAACCAUUUUCUAUUGUGGCAUUAUAGGGUGGUUAAAGUGAUGGCCUUUUUUGAUAGAUUUUGUUGUGUCUUGUGAGCAAAUCACUGUGUGCAGUAUUGGAAUGGAAUUAUCACUACUGUAUCAUAAGUGGGUAUAUUGAUUCUGUGGUUCCCUCAGUAUUGUAGUCUGACUUGUAACCAAUAAUGAAUAUUUCUUGAUAUUUAAUGUAUAGGACAUUUAUUUAUACUCAAUAAAUAUUUUUCAAAAGGA